AUGGCCGACAUCAAUGCGCCCCCGGGCAGCCUCAACUGGCGGCUCAGCGCCCAUCCCAUUACUCUUGUAACCUUCCUCUCCUUCAGAGCUGCGAGUCUUCUCGUGUACCUUUUUGGCAUGCUCUUCACUAGCAACUACGUCCUCAUCUUCAUCAUCACGAUCAACCUCCUCGCAGCCGACUUCUACUACCUCAAAAACAUCGCAGGAAGACGACUUGUGGGACUAAGAUGGUGGAAUGAAGUGAACCCGCAAAAUGGUGACUCACACUGGGUGUUUGAGAGUGCACCACAGCCGAAUGAGCCAGGUGGAAAGCUUGUGAACUCAACCGACAAGAGGUUCUUCUGGUUGGCAUUAUACGCGCAGCCUGCGCUUUGGGUUGGACUCGCGAUUCUGGCAAUCGUCAGGCUUGAUUUCAAGUGGCUGACGCUUGUUGUGAUCGCACUGGUUCUCACAAUCACCAACACCUUGGCCUUCUCGAGAUGCGACAAGUUCAGCCAGGCAAGCGGUCUAGUCGAGCGCGGGCUCUACUCUGGCUCUUUGGCCAGGAAUGUUGGCGGCGCAUUGGUGUCGCGAAUCUUUAACCGCGGUGGCUAG